CUCCAACUCUUUUGCAAUCGAUUACACAUAUCACAAAAAAUCACCAAAAUUUUAGUUCUAAAAAUUGUUUGAAGGUAGUACUAAUAUUUUUGAGGAUCAGUACUAGAAAUGGGUAGGACAAUGUUGUUUAUACUAUGUGUGGCGACGAUGUUAAGUGUGUGUUGGUGUUCCGUCGAGAAUGCGAAACAGAGAACGAAUUGGGCCUCUGGCAAAUUCUCCCAGUAUCAAGAAGACGCGAAAGAUGCAGCUUCAGAUGCUAGAGACACUAUAAGUUCUAAUGCGUACGAGGCUUCUCAAAAGGCUAGAGGGAUGGCAAACAUGGCAUCCGACAAAUUAGGUGACGCAAAGAAUGUUGCUUCCGAGAAGGCAAAUCAAGCUAUGGAUGCAGCCGCCGAGAUGGCUGAUCAUGCCUCGGAGAGAGGGAAGCAUAGUGCAUCCGGUGCGUUUGACUUUGCAUUCGAGAAAGCAGGUGAUGCCAACAAUAAAGCGAAAGAGAAAGCUCAUGAUGCCUACGACUCGGCCUCCGAUAAGGCAGGGUACGCAAUGAACACGGCCUCUGACAUGGCAGUCCAUGCCAAAGAAGGAGCCAAACAUAAAGCUUCCCAGGCCUAUGAAUUUGCCUCUCAGGAAGUGGAUGAUGGCAUGAAGACAGCUUCACAAAUGGGCAGCGACGCCAAGGGGAAAGCAGGUCAAGCCAUGGACAAGACUUUAGACAUGGCGGGCAAGGCCAAAGAUAGUGCCUUUGAUUCUAGCGGAUACGCAUCUGAUAAGAUGAAUCAAGCAAAGGAAACGGCUUCACACAUGGGCAGCGACGCCAAGGGGAAAGCAGGUCAAGCCAUGGACAAGACUUUAGACAUGGCGGGCAAGGCCAAAGAUAGUGCCUUUGAUUCUAACGGAUACGCAUCUGAUAAGAUGAAUCAAGCAAAGGAAACGGCUUCACACAUGGGCAGCGACGCCAAGGGGAAAGCAGGUCAAGCCAUGCACAAGACUUCGGACAUGGCGGGCAAAGCCAAAGAUAGCGCCUAUGAUGCUUAUGGAUACACAUCCAAUAAGAUGAAUCAAGCAAAGGAAACGGCUUCACAAAUGGGAAGCGACGCCAAGGGGAAGGCAGGUCAAGCCAUGGACAAGACUUCGGACAUGGCAAGCAAGGCCAAAGAUAGCGCCUAUGAUGCUUAUGGAUAUGCAUCCGAUAAGAUGAAUCAAGCAAAGGAAACGCUUUCUAGUAGUGCUGUUAAUGCAAAAGACAUGGUGAAAGAUAAAGCGUCCAACGCCUAUGACCAAACCAUAAAAAUGGCUACGGAUGCAAAAGACUCGACGAGGGAUGUAUUGGCUGAAGGGAAAGAUAAAGCUUUCGAUCAACAUGAAGAUGCCAAAUCAAAGGUUCACGAAACCUGUAAGUCUGCCAAGGAGACAAUGACUGAGCAAGCUAAAGAGAAGUAUGAAGCUGCCAAAGAGAAGGCUUCAGAUGCAGAAGGCAACCUUGGUCAAAAGAUGAGAACUAGAAGUACAGAACUAUGAGGAUUAAGAGUAGUACGAAAUCUUUCAAUUCACAUAGCUUUUGCUGAGGGCUAGGUCAUCUUAUGAGUUACCCGAGGUUGCCUCUUGUUAUGUUUCUUUUGUUUUUUUGAGGUGUCCCUUCAAGUAGACACUGUAGUUGUAGGUUAGGGUAGUUGCUGAUGAACUUACUUCUGUACGUUCGUUCCUUCGGUUGAACACACGUAAAUCGUAAUGAAGAGCAUGUCCUUGUGUAGAAUGACGA